CAUUGACGUGACAUUUUAAAUUUCUUCGAAUUUUUCCUCGCGAAUUAAAAUUGUUUUUCUCGAAAAUUAAAUUGUUUUUUCUUAUUCAAUUGUUUAUAUAAAAACUUCUUAAUAUGUCUCGCAUCUAAUAUAACCAAAAAUCGUCUCGACUUUUAAGCUCUCUCUAGGUUGGACAGAAGUUCCUUUUCCGCUGCUGCUGUCUGUUCUUAUUUAUUUUUUGUUAAUUACGCGGCAAACUUAAGAAAAUAAAUCAUCUCGAAAAAUGCGUAGUCGAAGCAAUUCGGGGGUUCGUCUGGACUACUACCAGCGAAUUGUCCAUCGUCUUAUUAUGGCCCACCAGGAGCCCGUUACGGGGUUGUUCCCGGCCAGUGCCAUCAAUUCGCACGCUUGGAUUCGUGACAAUGUCUAUUGUAUUCUAGCCGUGUGGGGUCUUUCGAUGGCUUACAAGAAAAUCGCCGAUCAGGAUGAGGAUCGAGCGAAAUGCUACGAACUCGAACAGAGUUGUGUGAAGUUGAUGCGUGGUUUGCUCAUGGCUAUGAUGAAUCAGAAGGACAAAGUUGAACGAUUCAAGACCACACAGAAUCCUCUGGAUUCUCUGCACGCCAAGUUCUCCAGUCGCAAUGGACAGCCCGUGGUUGGCGAUGCCGAAUGGGGGCAUUUGCAAAUCGAUGCAGUUUCAUUGUACUUGUUGAUUCUCGCACAAAUGACAGCCUCCGGGUUACAGAUUGUAUUCUCCCUCGAUGAAGUGUCAUUCAUUCAGAAUUUGGUGUUCUACAUUGAGUCGGCUUAUUGUAUCCCCGACUAUGGGAUAUGGGAACGUGGUGAUAAAACAAACCACGGAGAGCCAGAAUUGAAUGCCAGUUCGAUUGGAAUGGCUAAGGCGGCUCUGGAAGCUAUGAAUGAACUGGAUUUAUUUGGAGCUCGUGGCGGACCUGCAUCGGUAAUUCAUGUUUUAGCUGAUGAAGCUCACAAAUGCCAGGCUGUGCUGCAAUCCAUGUUACCUCGCGAAUCGAACAGUAAAGAGCUUGACUCUGGAUUGCUGUCGGUUAUUGGUUUUCCUGCAUUCGCCGUCGACGAUCCGCAACUCAUAAAAACCACAAAGGAAGCCAUUCUCAAUCGAUUGCAAGGCAAAUACGGAUGCAAACGUUUCCUACGCGAUGGCUAUCGAACUCCCAAAGAGGACCCCUCAAGGCUAUACUACGAACGCUGGGAAUUGAGAAUGUUCGAGAACAUCGAAUGCGAAUGGCCAUUAUUCUUCUCAUAUCUUAUAUUAUUCUAUGCCUUCCAGAAUGAUAAACUUUCUGUCAAGGACUAUGCCGAUAGAUUAGAUAAAAUCAUGGUACGUGGAGAGGAUGGUGUUCUUCUCAUACCCGAGAGUUAUGCAGUUCCUAUUGAUUUGGUAGGAAAGGAGUACCAAAUGCCUGGUUCACAGACUAGAGAAGUCGUUGGACGAUGUCCUUUCUUGUGGGGCCAGUCAUUGCAUAUUUUAGGAAAACUUCUUCAAGAGGGCUUCCUUGCUGUAGGUGAACUCGAUCCUCUCAAUCGUCGCCUUGGUGCUCAGAAAAAACCUGAUGUCGUCGUUCAAGUCGUCAUCAUUGCUGAAGACAACGAAAUUCGUGAUAAACUCGCCGAGCAUGACUUGCAUGUUCAAACUAUCGCCGAAGUAGCACCAAUUGAAGUUCAACCGGCCAGAGUACUUAGCCAUUUGUAUACCUAUUUGGGAAGAAAUCGUAAACUUGGAUUAACCGGUCGUAAGUCACGUGAUGUUGGCAUCCUAAGUACAAGUAAAUUGUAUUCCUUAAAGGAUAAAAUAUUCGCUUUUACACCACAGAACAUCGACUUUGACGAAUACUACACAACCCGCGAUCCAGAUUUAUUAGCAAGUAUCGUUACAACGAAUUUGGCCUUCCUAACUAAUAAUUGGCGUCAUAUGUUGGGAAGGCCUACUAUAACUCUUAUGGCAACUAAUUAUCUAUUAGAUCAAAAUAAAAUCCCUCUGGCCAUGAUCCAAACAAUGCGAAAACUUAAAUCUGGCUACAUUAAUGGCACUCGAGUUAUGUUGGGCAAUUUGAAGGACUUCCUCAACACCUCAGCCAUUACUGAUUUGAGUUUUCUGGGAAGUCAAGAAGAUGGCUAUCCAGAUCGUUUGCAUCAAGAUGUCCAGACCUAUUUGGAUGAUCAUUUGUUGCGUUCGUUUAGCAAUAAAAAUGCUGUUAAUAUUCGAACUUCGGGAUUAAAACCACGCCCAUUGCGUAGGCGUAUGUCAUGCAAGGGUGCUAUCAAAAAGACACGAUCAAUUAAUGUGGAUUCUGAUACCUUGGGUAUGGAAGGUCCAGGUCCAUUGUCAGAACGUCGCCUCUCAUCUAUAGUUCCUCCACCAUGGCUUCAAGCUAACGCACAAAAUCAUCACAUCAAUUUAUUUGCAACAACACCCGAAGAACAAAAUGCUCAAUUGGAGAUUCGUGAGAACAUCUAUCCCAUUGAUCCACAUCACAAUCGCACCGUUCACGAACGUCGCAGUGAGUUUGCAAAACAACUUGAAAUUCCUAAAAUUCUUAUCCAACGCCAUCGUACGGACACAAAUUUUGCUGAAACAGAAGUUGAGGAAUUAAUUGCAAUGCUACGUGAAACAGAGAACUUGGAAGAACAAGGUGAUAUCCUACAGUAUUUGGUUGAUACACAAGGCUUGGACUUUAAUACAGCUGGACUGGGAAUACGAAACAAAUCUGGUGAGAUCGAAUCAUCAUCGGUACCGGAGGAGAAAACUUCCUCGAAUGAUGAUCCAAAUGUUUUGCUACAAGAUACUAAUUCUUCUCACUCUGAAGGAAUGCUGGAAGAAGGUAGAGUUGUUACUGUUCGCGGCCUACUCAAGGGUUUGUACGAAAAAGCAUGUCAGCAAAAAUUGUGGGGUCUUGUACGUCACACAGCUGGUAUGUUAGGCAAACGGGUUGAAGAUUUGGCUAAAGCUGUCACUGAUUUGUUAGUUCGACAGAAACAGGUAACUGUUGGUAUGCCGCCAAACAAUGAGUUUACAAUAACAGCACCUCUUCCAGAAAUUGAACUACGUCAGUUGAUUCAUGAUGCAUAUGGCGAUGAUCAAAGUACUUCUAUGUUAACUCAAGAACUGAUGGUCUAUUUGGCAAUGUUCAUUCGAACAGAGCCACAGCUCUUCCAUGAAAUGUUGCGCUUGCGUGUCGGUUUGAUAAUUCAGGUUAUGGCAAAGGAACUGUCACGUACUUUGAAUUGCGACGGUGAACAGGCCUCAGAACAUUUGCUCAAUUUGUCACCAUUCGAAAUGAAGAAUCUCUUGUAUCACAUUUUGAGUGGCAAAGAGUUUGCUGUUAGCAGUGUUGCACGUGGAAACUUAUCGAUUGUUAGCUGCAAAUCAAGCCGAGUCAGCAAGAAGAGUCAAAUUGGCUUGGGAGAUCCUGAGAGUGAGGAUCUUAUUCCUGCUAUAGAUGACAGGCAAGGACAGUGGUUGCGUAGAAGACGUUUGGAUGGAGCCUUGAAUCGUGUUCCUAGAGACUUCUACUCAAGGGUCUGGUCUGUUUUGGAAAAGUGUCAAGGUAUUGCAAUUGAAGGCCGAAUUCUUCAGCAAUCUCUGACUCAAGAAAUGACUCCAGGAGAACUUAAAUUCGCUCUCGAAGUUGAGACAGCGCUCAAUCAAAUCCCUCAACCAGAAUAUCGACAGCUUGUAGUUGAGGCUCUUAUGGUUCUCACAUUGGUGACAGAGCACAAUAUGGUUUCGUCUUUGGGUGGAGUUAUUUAUGUUGAACACUUAGUUCACAAGGCCAAUCAACUUUUCCUUGAUGAUCAAAGAAAAGUCUCAGGUGAUGCAACCCUAUGCUGUGCCAAAACCAAGGACGGAAAAGAUAACACAACACCAUCGGGAAUGUUGCUGUGCGGUGGAGCUGCAUACAUUUGUCAACAUUUGUACGAUAGCGCACCAAGUGGAAGCUACGGAACAAUGACAUAUAUGGCUCGAGCUGUUGCUCUGGUUUUGGAAUGCGUUCCAAAACAUGGUGAAAUGGAAUGCACAGUUUGUUGAUUGUCUUUUAUUUUCAAAUUAUAAAUUUGAAUAUUGCUGAGCAAAAAUGUAAACGUCAGGAAGUUAUCUAAAAGUGUCCAAAUUUUGUGUGUUGGCUUGUUAAAAUAUGUCCUUUGAAAUUUGUUGUUUUAAUAUUAUUAUUAUUUUAAGAGUUUUUUUGGCGACAUAGAAUUUGAAAGUUAAUUUUUUUAAAAUUUAUUUGAGCUCGCUUUUAUUUAUAUGUGUAUGUUUAUAAUUUAAACGACAGACGUUUUCGUCAAGUUAAUAUUGAUUUCUCGAAAUCCAAUCAUGAUUACUUAAUUAUAGUCUUGCAGGGCAAUUAAAAAUAAUAUUUAUGCCAGCUAACUAUUGUAGAUUUUUAGAUAUUUUAAUUAUACAAACAAAAAUAAAGAUUUUGAAUAAACAAACAUUUACCUAACAGAAAUAUUUUAUGAAAGAGCAAUAAAUAACAAUAUCUAUUUUA